CAGGGUGAAAACAUAGACCAGGAUUUUUACUGGAGGAAACUGAAAUUACGAAAAUGAACGAGACAGAGCACAUCCCGCUUGCAGAAUACGAUUUUGAGAGAAAAUUUGAUGAAAAGGGCGCUCUCGAAUGGAUGCAAGAAAACUGGAGCAAGUCCUUUAUGUUCUGUGGACUGUAUGCUGCAAUCAUCUUCGGGGUCCAACACUUCAUGAGAGAGAGGCCCAAGCUGAACCUGCGCCGACCACUUGUCCUCUGGUCACUCAGUUUGGCUAUCUUCAGUAUCAUCGGAGCUGUCAGGACCGGAUGUUAUAUGUUCCAUGUCCUCAACAAAAGUGGCUUUAAGCAGUCGGUGUGUGACACCAGCUUCUACAGCGCUCCUGUCAGCAAGUUCUGGGCCUACGCCUUUGUCCUGAGCAAGGCCCCUGAGCUGGGCGACACGGUGUUUAUCGUGCUCCGUAAGCAGCGCCUCAUCUUCCUGCACUGGUACCAUCACAUUACCGUGCUGGUCUACUCCUGGUACUCCUACAAGGACCAGGUGGCCGGUGGCGGCUGGUUCAUGACCAUGAACUACCUGGUCCACUCCUUCAUGUACACCUACUAUGCUGCCCGGGCGGCGGGUUACCGGGUGCCCCGACCCUGCGCUAUGGUCAUCACAGCCACCCAGAUCAUGCAGAUGGUGAUGGGGCUUGCUGUCUUAGGCUUGGUCUACCACUGGAUGCACGAAGUGCGCUGCCCGUCUUACGUGCCCAACAUCGCCUGGGGCUCACUCAUGUACCUCAGCUACCUGGUCCUGUUCGCCUCCUUUUUCUACAAGUCCUACCUCAAGGUUGCCGCUGACAAGGAGUCCAAGGCCAAGUAGGGGCUGGAUUCGUCAGAGGCAAGUUGUACACUGGGCAAGUCAUAUUAAGAGUGUGCCUAGUUGAGAAGAAUAUUGCGUUGUGCCAUAAUGUGUGAGUCACAACUGUUUUUCGCUGGUUGCUGGGUCCACGUCAAUUGUGACAAGCCAAUUUCUUCCCACCCCAACUUUGUAUUGCUGUAGCUCAUCUAACUAACUAGAACCCUGGAUAACACGAUAAUGGAACGGUUGUUGAGAGUGGACAGGGGAACCAGUGCAUGGUCAGGACACGUUAAUACACUGCUCAAAAAAAUAAAGG